AUGCAAGACUUCAAAAACCUCACUAAAGGUCGGCAUAGUGUUGAAAAGCCCAAUUCUGUAAUUAAAGCAGCAGAAGAAUUAUCAGACAAGAUGUACAUAGCCAAUGUACGAAAUCGUUUACGUCAAUUAAACAGCCCCACUGUUAAUGACUGCAGAAGGUGGUUUUGGGAGUUGAUGCAGAAUGCCAAGGAUUCCAUUGCUGGUAUCAAAGGGUGGAAUAAGAAGAUAGAGAUUACUGCCAAAGUGGUGGAAGAGACUUUGACAAAUGGUCAAACACUUAAGACGUUUGUCUUUUCUCACAAUGGGGCUCCAUUCACUGGGAAGUCACAAUAUGCUCUCCUCUACAAAUAUUCCGAAGGGAAAGCAAACCAGUCUGAAUCAACUGGAAGGUUUGGUACUGGAUUUUUGACCACGCACACGUUGUCGAAAGAAGUAAAUAUAGUUAGUAAUGUUUAUGAUGAUGACGAUGUUAAAAACACAUACAAAGGUUUUACUGUUGAACUUCAUAGAGAAGGGAAGAGUGAUGGAGAUUUACUUGCUGGUGUUAAAAAGAUGAGAGAAUCUCUUUGCUUUUCUAAUGAACCAAACAAAUUGACGUCUUAUUAUUAUCCACUGAAGAAUGAAAACAAUAUAAAAGCACUUGAGAUGGGUUUAAGUAAUUUUGAAGAUAACAUCGUCCAGACCCUCCUUUUUUGUCCAGAAGUUGGUAAGGUGACUAUUUCAGAUACCAAAAAUGAGACAAUAUAUAAGCCACUUAGAAUCUUCAAAGACAAGAGUUACAAAAGUGCAGAUGUUGAAAUACAUGAGUUCGAGACAAUAAGAAAUGGAGAAUCAACAAUCAGACACUUCUUGGUCAUUAACAAUGUCAAUAACCAUUCAGAAGAACUCACACAAAGAUUCCAAAAUGAAAGAACUUUGAGAACACAAAUUGCUGUGGAAUAUGUUGAAGAAAACAAUACAAAGAAAUUAGUGGAAACAAAAGGUCCUUCACUGUAUUGUGUCUUUCCUCUUGUUGGCUCUGAACAAUUACAACUUCCAUUUUUAUUGAAUUCCCCAGAUUUUGAACCGGACUCUGAAAGAGAAGCAUUGUAUUUGUCCGGAUCAGAAUUUGAUGAGGACAAAAUUAUUACGGAUGUUGGGACUAAUAAACUGAUUUUGAAACAAGUAUUUAUUAAAGCCAAUACAUCAUUUGAAAAUGAUUAUGAAAGGCUUGUGGACUAUUUGAUUAGUAACAAAUACAAAGAACUCCACCUUGUCGCUCGAGGAUUGAGUAAAAAUCCAAGUAUAGAGAAGCACUUUGACUCAAGAUGGUAUCAAACUGAAAUAUUGGAAAAGAUGAGGAAAACCGUCAUGAACAAAACACUUGUCGAGACAGACAAUGGACUACAACCAAUGUACAAAGGGAAAAACAUUAACAUCAGAAUCCCAACAAUGGACGAUGAAAAUGAGAAUUUCAAAAAAUUCUAUGAGUUACUCAAACUGUAUGGAUACAAGAUGCCGCUGUUUGAUAAAUUGAAGUCGUGGAAUUCAAUAAUGUGGGAAAGCUCGAAAGUGAAUGUGAAUGUCGAGAAAUUAGUGAAAGAAAUCAAUUCAUUUGAAAAGAUGAGUAACGAAAAAUUCAACAUGACACCAAAAGCCAAAGUAGUGUUUAUGAAUGCAUUCAUCAAAUUUUUGGUUAAAUUUAAUAAGGAUCUAUCAUUCUUUUCAGUGUAUAAAUUGUUGCCAACUAUGGAUGGCAAUUUUGUUAGUUUCAAACGAGAGGAAGGCAAAAAGACACUUAUGAAUUGCAAUAAAGUCUCAGAUGAACUUAUUGAUUGUAUUGAAGACCUGAAAUGUGAUUUGAAGAAACAUGCACUUUACAAAGGAAUUUCAUUUGCAAAUAUUGAAGAAGAAACAAAUAAAACAAUGUCUAUUUUCAUUAACGAAACUGUGAUUAAAGGAAAGGAAAUAAUUGAAAAACAGAACAGAGUCCCAGCUCAGACCGUUAACUCAAAAAAAUCAAAAGCAGCUUUUCAGGACAAAACACAACAAAGUCAAAACGACAAGGACAAAGCAUUUAUUAACCUCAUUAUACCUCUAAUAAGACGUGUGACUAAAUCUAAUGACCAAAAGUUUGAUGGUUUUAGAGACUUUGUGUAUAACGUUGCCUGCAAAUUUUUCCCAAGUGAAAUGAAACGAGCUGAAAAGAAAAUCUGCAAUGAUAUUGAUGAAAAUGCAUGGAAUGAUGUUGAUGGAAUGUUUUUAGAUAUUGUCAUGAGAAGAAUAGAAGGGAGUGAGAAACUAGAUGUUGUGCUCGACAAUUAUAAAAUGACUAUGAAUAUGUACAAUGUACUUCUUAAGAAUUCUCAGAUUAUUAUUGGCGACAAAUUCAAUUCUCUUAAAGUAUUACCAAACCAGAAGGGAGAACUGAAGGCUGCGUCCGAGCUUUAUAAAGACUUGAAUGUACCCGAAGAAUUUAAAGGAGUGGACUAUGCAAAUUGUGGAGUUGAUGCGAAAGGAUACUUACUUCACAAUGAGUGCACGUUGGAUCUUAACAAAACAAAGUCAAUAGAAGAUGUUGCAGAAGAAAUUGAUCAACAAAUCAAAAAGAACAAUUCGAGGUUUAUCGAUAAUUUAGUUGACAAGAUAGUGUUACUGCGACCAACACAAGAAGUGGAUAAUAUGGAAUUUAUAACCACCUUGAACAAAAUUGCUUCAAAAUUGAAUAACAACGCUUUUAUUAGAUCAAUUAAUUUAGAAAAAGGUGAUUUGUGGAACAAUGCGGGACAAAUAUACAUCGCCAAUUUAUGUAACAAAGUAUCAAAUGGAUUCACUUUAAACCAAUUUGAUGCAAAAUUUGGACCUUUACAAAAAGCAGCAGAUAAGAUGGAAAUACUGAAAGAUAUAUUACAGUUUUCGUAUAAAAAACGGGACGUUCAAACACUUAACAAACUCGGAGAGAGUAUGUCAUUAUCAAUGUUACAUAUUGUAGACGAAGAAGCAUUAACAUUUGUUGGUGUGUUUAACAAUUUAUGUAAGUGUACUGUUAACAACACCAACACAUAUCCUUUGAAUAAAAACAUCAUCCAUGACGAAUUAAUGUUCCCUGAAUUGUUGGCUGUUCUCAAGACAUAUAAAAAGAAGGAAGUAUGUGGGAAAAUAGAUUCCUUUGUGGAUGAAGCAAUAUCUAAACAUAGUGAAGCAUGUAAAAUCGACAAUAAUUUCAAAAAGAUAUUACGACUGUUGUUCACCAUGCCAGAAAUCAAGGACCCAAAUCUAUUUCCUUUAAUAAAUCCAAAGAAAAACAAAAUUGAGUUUGACAUUAUCAUGGAAGAUAAUAUCAAACAAAUGAUCUAUAAAGCAUACAAUUUGUUUGGCGAUCAAAUGGACGAAAAUACACUCAUGGAAAAGAUUGAAAACGUUCAGGUGCUUAAAGAAGAAAACGAUAUUCUCCAAGCAAAACUUGAAAAUGCUGAAGCGGAUAAGGACUCCCUUAUUCACAACCCAGAGACCAAUUCACUCAAAAAACAAAUGGACGACAUGAAACAACAAAUGCUUAAUUUUUCCAGACAAAUGGAACAAAUGCAGAAUAUGUUAAAACAAAAAGAUGACAAAAUCAGUGAGUUGGAGAUUCAACUUGAAAAAACGAGAAUGCAAGAAGUUGUUCGACCGUCCCCAACACGUUUUGAUUAUUAA